AUGAAUUCGGAUGUGUUAUCAAAAAGCUAUACUGAUAGCUUACACAGCUAUUUGGCCGCACAAUACCCAGAUGAUGAUCCACUUGUUGAUUCAAAUCGUCGACCUUCGUAUGCAUCCAUUCACUCCAAUCUAAGCACGGCUGCUUACAGUAUACCACGAUCAUCCUAUUAUCAAUCAACAAUGGGGGAUAACAAGCAUCAAUCCAUGUCCGAUCUCUACAUUCCGCCUGAUGGCCUAUCACGCACACCUACAGCUACCACCAAUCACACCAAUCUUGAUCCAACGCCGUUACCCAAGUUGCAAAUGCUCAUUCUCAGCAUCAUCCUCUUUAGCGAACCGCUGACAUCCACCAUCCUCUUGCCCUUUAUCUAUUUCAUGCUCAAGGAUUUCCAUUUGUCCGAUGAUGAAAAAGAAAUCGGAACCUAUGCAGGCUGGAUUACAUCCAUUUUCUUUUUGGCUCAAUUUUGUACAGCCAUGUUAUGGGGCAAAUUUUCGGAUCGACGAGGUCGUCGACCUGUAUUAUUGACAGGAUUGAUUGGCAACUCCAUCUCGGCUUGUUCUUUUGGUUUAAGCAAGAAUCUAUGGUGGGCGAUCGGCACACGCGCUUUUUGUGGCAUUGUGAAUGGUAACGGAGGCGUUGCACGUAGUAUGCUGAGCGAGAUCACGGACGAAACCAAUCGUGCAAAGGCCUUUUCAUUGUUUGGCUUUUGCUGGGGCAUUGGCAUGAUUGGUCCUGGCAUCGGUGGAUAUCUAUGUAACCCUGUUGACCAUUUUCCUUCACUUUUUGGUGGCAACGAGUUUCUCAAGGAGUACCCUUACUUUUUACCAUGCUUUGUAUCCUCGAUUGGUUCAUUCAUUGGGUUCAUCCUUGGUUACUUUUUUCUCGAAGAAUCCAACCCUGCUGCUCUUGCACGACAACGACAUCAGCAGCAAGCGGAUACAGAUGAACGUGCCUCAUUAUUGCAUCGUCAAGGUAGCAACAUGACAACCACUGACCAACAACAAGGUGCCACUAGCAGCAAAGCUGCCAAUACCAAAACCGGUAUCCUUUCCAACAUUUCCAAUGUCACCGUUAUCUGCAUUAUUGCCUAUUCGAUCUUUGCAUUCCAUGCCAUGGUAUUUGACGAAGUCCUUCCAUUGUAUUUCUCAGCCCCUGGCUAUGCAGGUGGUCUUGGAUCCGAUUCAACAGAGCUUGCCAAGGCACUUUCAAUUGCUGGUAUUGAGCAACUCUAUUGCCAGUUUGUGCUCUAUCCCAAGCUCAAUCAUUACCUUUCAAGUUUGGAAAUGACACGGCUCGCAUUUUUGCUCUUUAUACCAUGCUACAUCUUGUUUCCUCAACUUGCCACGGUCAAAGACAUGGUUGAUACUACUGGAGGCUCAAUAUGGUACUUCCGCUUAUCGUACAUGGUCCUGCUCCUUGUUCGAUUCUUUGCAAACACCUUGGCUUUCACAAGCAUGAUGAUCUUGGUGAGCAAUUCAGCCGACCAACGUAUCCUUGGCACCGUGAAUGGCAUUUGCCAAUCUUGUUUAUCGCUGAUGCGUGCUUUGGGACCCACGGUAGGCGGUACCCUUUGGUCAUUCUCGUUGCGUACAGGCAACCCCUUCCCAUUCGAUCGCCACUUGGUGUAUUACAUGAUUGCUAUCCUUUCCUUCAUUAAUCUACUACAAAGUGCUCGUAUCCCAGACUCCAUUUCGUUGGGUGGCAGAAGAAAAAGAAAUCGAGCUCCCCCUGUUGGCCAAGAGUAG